CUUAAUUACAGCCUUAUAUUCUGUCUGCUUUAGUUGUUUUGCAGAGGGCCUGUUAUUGUUUAUGCAGAUUUUAACAUGACAAUAAUCCCGGCUGAUGCUUCCUAGAAUGUCCUGUUACAUUAACACGUUCAUUUUCUAGAAAGCACUCAGUCUACCUGCAGUUAGAUUAUAACCGCUUUCAUUUUAAUCACAAUUUUUGACCAGAUCGCCUGUGAAGUGUGUUUGCAUUUCAAAGCUGCAGUGCUGGACGGGAUUUAAAGGGCAGCAGUGAAUCCCUCAGCCCCUAUUCUGAGCCUCAGAUCUGUCUCACCGUGGAUAAGAAGCGUGUUGGGCCGGUGGCGCCUGCUUUGUGCUCAGCCUGGGGGAGGACACUGGGCGUGUGAAUAGCUCCUCAGGUGGGGGAAACAUGAGCUUUCCUCAGGAGCCUGGAGGGAGCAGAGGAAGCAGAGGAGAGGCGCAUCGAUGGUGGGUUUUCAUGAAGCAGCUGCUGACUCGCGACUUCACAUUUUUCCAUGUUUUCAGACGUUACUUCAUGUCUGCUGGAUGCCAGACAGAAGACGGGCUGGAGUUAAAGUUUCUUUUCUUUUUCUUUUUUUUUUAAAUACUUCGGGGGGUUGAAAACGCCGCGUCUUGCGUCGCUUUACGUGCAACAAUGCAACGCUCAGUGACCCAGCCCCGCGGAAACUGAACCGAGGGGAAACCGAAGAAAACAGGAGGAGGAGAGAGCGGAUGUCUGAGCAGCGAGGGAAAGAAAGAGAGAGAGAGAGAGAGAGGUCUGCAAAGAGCCACGGCGAGUGUUGUUCCGCGUUCGUCCACGGAAGGGUUUACCGCAAGCGUGGGUUCGUUUCUUUCCGAGCUGCGAGCAGCCGAAAGCCGGACACGCCGUCAAUUCUGGAUUUCUUUAUCCGCUUCCUGUCGUCCAGGAUGAGGUUUAAGAGGAACGGCUCGUACACGCUGAAUAGGAAGUCGAAGACAAAGCCAAAUGGAAAGAAGCCACCGGCAGAGGAGAAGAAGCAGUACGUGGAGCCAGAGUUCACCAAGAUCCGGGUGGUGGACUUCGACCUGAAGGAGCUGGUGGUGCUGCCCAGAGAGAUAGACCUCAACGAAUGGCUAGCGAGCAACACAACGACAUUCUUCAAUCUCAUCAACCUGCAGUACAGCACCAUUUCAGAGUUCUGCACCGGGGAGACCUGUCAGGCCAUGACAGCUUGUAGCACAAUAUACUACUGGUAUGACGAGAGGGGGAAGAAGACGAAGUGCACUGCUCCACAGUAUGUCGACUUCGUAAUGAGUCUUUGUCAGAAACUGGUCACAGAUGAGGAAAUCUUUCCUACAAAGUACGGCAAAGAGUUCCCCAACUCGUUUGAGUCGUUGGUGAAGAAGAUCUGCCGGUACCUGUUCCACGUGCUGGCUCACCUCUACUGGGCGCACUUUAAAGAGACGGUGGCUCUGGACCUGCACGGCCACUUGAACACUCUGUAUGCACAUUUCAUCGUUUUCGUAAGGGAAUUCAACCUGAUCGACCCUAAGGAGACCUGUAUCAUGGACGACUUGUCCGAAAUCCUCUGCAGUCCCGUUCCCGCCCCGGCCCCCUCCGUCCCCGCACCGGCCCCCUCCCCGUCUUCACAGAACCAUGUGACGGAGAGAUGAGCGGCGGCGGCGACGAGAUGGCGGCCCUGGGGAUUGAUGGAAGAUCUGAGAGGAGAGAAGGGAAAACAAACAGCCCAGUCCCCUUUCUCUGUGCAGGCAGGACUUAUGAAACCUUCCACUACCCUAAUAUUUCGCUCCACCACCGACCGACCAGUCGGGAGGAAAAGGCCUGGGAGGGUUUCAUGUGGGGGAUGUUGGGGUUGCAGGGAGGGGUUUGUCACGCCAGCGGGAAAUGGCGUGAGCGUUCCUCCCAGGGACAAAUCCCUCCCAUUUUCUCUGCAAUCUAAACUAGGAACAAAAGACAAAUGUGUAUAUUUUUUUUUUGUUUGUUUUUAUUUUCCUCUUUUAUUUUUGUUGAAAGUUUUACUCAGUUUUAUUUAGUUGUUGUUGGAGCGGGGUGCAGUGUUUCUAUCCAACUCCAUCUGUCCUCUACCUAGCAUACAGUACAGGAAGGGGGUGGGGGCCGGGGCUCUGCUUUGCUUCGACCUGCUAUGUGUACAGUGUAGAUGUGUGGAGAAGCGGCGCCUCUGCUCACCCGCAGGCUCGUCUCCCUCCCGCUCCGGCGAUGGGGGCGGGGGGAGUGGCGCUGUAAUGGCCAGGAGGCAGCCACGUUACUGCCUGAAGGGGCAAUGCUAGCCAAUCACUGUUUGGGUUCUUUAUCUGGAGCGAGCGUAGGGUGGGGGUAAUUAAGGCGCUUCCUACUCAGGAUCUGAGAGAAUCAAUUCACUGCUGCCAGAGAGGAGCCUCUCGAUUUCAUUCUGUCCCUUAUUUACUAGACUGCCUCAUAUGACAAAUGUUGAUCAUAUUUAACUGCACUGUACUCGCAUUAUCCCCCACAAACAUGUCCCGCAGCGUACCUGUAGGGGGCAGCAAACAUGCAGACAAAGGGGCAAAUCUAAAGAUUGUAAGCUAGAUGUUUAAUCUUCUCAUAGAGCGAAUACUUAGAGGCAGACUUGGACGCCCAUAUCGGGCGAUUCACAGCUGCGUGUUGGUGUCGAGCACGGCCGCACCACCCACUCUGGCAGCACAGGAGGACAAAGACAUGAGGUCAUGUCUGCAGGCUCAGAGGGGCGGGCGUGGAGGAGGGGUGGGAGUAACGGUGCAAAGCUGCUCUGCUGCGUAAACACUCACCUGUGCUUCCAGCUCAGAAAUGAAAACACAGCUUUUGUUUGUUGUUGUUUUUUUUUUUUGUUGUUUUUUUUGCCUCGCCCUUUAAAUUUACUUUUUUUUUUUAAAGAGGAAAAUAAAAGAUUAUCAGAGGAAAAUUAGUUUGGGUAUAGAACAUGCAAAGUCUGCUUGGACUUUACUGUACAAAGAAUCACAAGCGGGUUCUGUCAGAUAUAGCCUCUGUUUGGAGGAGGAUUGAAUUUAUAAUUCUCCAUUUCUAUUUAUUUUUAAAUUUCUCUCUUUUUUUGCAGGGUUCCUCAGUUCUGGCUCAUUUUUAUGUAUUUUAAUUAUUAACUAAGUUAAAAGCAAUUUAAUAUUUUAAGCUCUGCGGAUUAUAAUCUAAUAAAAGAGAGAAAUGCCA